AUGGCUACCUUCGAAGCAAAGGUCAAGUCGGUGCUCUCGGGUGACACCAUCAUUCUCCACAAUCUGCACAAUCCCAAGCAGGAACGCACCCUCAGUCUUGCCUAUGUAACAGCGCCUCGAAUGCGACGGGAAGGCGACGAGCAAUUCGCAUUCGAAUCCCGCGACUUCCUGCGCCGCCUGCUCGUCGGCCGCGUCGUGCAAUUCCGCGUCCUGUACAAGAUCCCCACGGGCGUGAAUCGCGAAUACGGCAUUCUGCAGCUACCGAACCGGACGCAGUUCCCCGAUAUCGCUGUCGCCGAGGGUUGGCUCAAGGUGCGGGACGAUGCUGGGAGGAAGGAAGAUAGCGAAGAUGCUGUGCAGUUGGUGGAGAAGCUGCACAUGUUGGAGGCGAGAGCCAAGGCGGACUCGAAAGGCAUGUGGGCCGACGAGUACAUCAGGAUUCAUUCGACGGGCGAGUUGAGUGAUCCCAAGGGGUUCGUCGAGGAGCACAAGGGACAGGAUUUGAGUGCGAUCGUUGAGAAGGCCCUCUCCGGGGACCGCCUCAUUGUCCGCAUCCUCUUAUCCCCCACCGAACAUGUCCAGACGAUGGUCCUGAUCGCCGGUAUCCGUGCGCCUUCGACGAAACGGACCAAUCCGUCAGAUGGGAAGGAGCAGCCGGCUGAGCCCUUUGGCGAAGAGGCACAGGAGUUUGUGGAGAUACGGUUACUGCAGCGAAAUGUCAACCUACAGCUCCUUGGUGUCAGCCCGAACGGCCAAAUCAUUGCGAACGUCAAGCACCCCGUACACGGCAACAUUGCGCCUUUCCUCCUGCAAGAAGGUCUUGCAAGGUGCAAUGACCACCAUACCACGCUUCUAGGCAGGGAAAUGGCCGCUUUACGGCAGGCAGAGAGGGUCGCCCGCGAAGGUCGCAAGGGAAUAUACCAAGGUCAUGUGCAACAGAAGACGUCGGCUGCCGGCGAAAUGGAGGCUGUAGUCAGCAGAGUGCAGAGCGCGGAUACUCUCUAUCUGCGUGGCAAAUCGGGUGCCGAAAGGCGCGUCAACCUCAGCAGUGUUCGUCAGCCCAAGCCUACAGAUCCCAAACAGGCACCGUGGGUUCCCGAGGCCAAGGAGUUUCUGCGUAAGAAGAUCAUUGGAAAACAUGUCAGGUUCACCAUCGAUGGAAAACGGCCCGCUGCUGAGGGAUAUGAUGAGCGCGAGAUGGCCACUGUCAAGUAUCAGGAUAAGAACAUCGGAUUGCUUCUGGUGGAGAACGGUAUGGCGUCCGUCAUCCGACAUCGCCAAGAGGACACUGACCGGAGCCCUAUCUACGACGAACUCCUGCUGGCUGAGCAGGCUGCACAGGAGGCGGAAAAGGGCAUAUGGUCCCCCAAGGCACCCGCCACGAAGCAAUACGUCGACUACUCCGAGUCUCUCGAGAAGGCCAAGCGCCAGCUCUCCUUGCUCUCCCGUCAACGCAAAGUCCCGGCCAUCGUCGACUUCGUCAAAUCCGGAUCCCGUUUCACCAUCCUUGUGCCCCGCGAGAACGCUAAGCUGACUUUCGUCCUGUCCGGUAUCCGCGCUCCCCGAUCUGCGAGGAACCCUACCGACAAGGCGGAGCCGUUCGGCCAGGAAGCACAUGAGUUUGCGAAUAAACGCACAUUGCAACGGGAUGUGGAGAUUGACGUGGAGGACUGUGACAAGAUGGGCGGUUUCAUUGGUACUCUCUACGUCAACCGCGAGAAUUUUGCGAAAAUCUUGCUCGAAGAGGGCCUCGCCACGGUGCACGCGUACUCAGCAGAGAAGUCUGGAAAUGCCAACGAGCUCUUCGCGGCGGAGAAGAAGGCAAAGGAGGCCCGUAAAGGUUUGUGGCAAGACUGGGAUCCGUCUCAGGAUGAGGAACAUGAGGAGGACGUGGCCGCUGCAGGUGCCGAGACCAAUGGAAGCGCCGCCCAAGGGCGUCGGAAGGACUACCGGGACGUAAUCGUCACACAUGUUGACGAGAGCGGAAAGCUCAAACUGCAGCAGGUCGGAUCGAACACGACGGGCGCCUUGAACGAACUCAUGACCGCCUUCCGCAACUUCCACCUGAGCCCCUCCAACAACCAGGGUCUUACCGACCCACCCAAAGCCGGCGACUACGUGGCUGCGCAAUUCACCGAAGACAACUCGUGGUACCGCGCCCGCAUACGGCGCAACGACCGCGAGAAUAAAAAGGCCGAGGUCGUCUACAUUGACUACGGCAAUUCGGAAGUGCUCCCCUGGUCGCGUCUGCGUCCUCUGACGCAGCCGCAGUUCUCGCCGCAAACCAAGCUCAAGGCGCAGGCUGUGGACGCACAGCUCUCCUUCAUCCAGCUGCCAGCCAAGGACGAGUACCGCUCUGAGACGAUCGACUUCAUCAACCAUGAAAUUGCCAAUCGCCAGCUCGUUGCCAACGUCGAUGCGGUGGACAAGGAUGGUUCCCUGUGGGUCACAUUGUUCGAUCCCUCGGCAUCCCAGUCUGCGGAUGAGAGCUUGAAUGCGGAGAUUGUGAGUGAGGGCCUGGCAUCGGUGCCGCGGAAGUUGAAGGCGUGGGAGAAGGCUGCUGGGGAGGUUUUGGCGGCAUUGAGGAAGCGGCAGGAGGAGGCGAAGGCGGAGAGGAGGGGAAUGUGGGAGUAUGGCGAUCUGGAGGAUGAUGACGACUAGGUGUCUGUCGAGGUGGUGGAGUGGAUGGGGAGUGUUUGAGAGUGCAAGGAGCGGUAGGGGGAGGGAGUUUUUGCCCUACCUGCAACGAAGGAAACCGGCGGUGCGGCGUUGGCUCCGGAGUCCACUCCACUUGACGCUUUUGCG